AACCAAGUGCAUGUACCUUGCCGUGGCGCUAAUUAUAAUAAUCGCGAGUUUAGUCAGGCUGCAAGUAAGUCAGAUUUUGAAUAUUAUCAAUUGGCCGCUUUUUAUCUAUUCUUGCAACACACUUUCUGAUCUAUGUGACCUUUGCCACGAGUCGCCUGACGUCACUGGUUAUUACUGUGACGCACUCACCCUUCCUAUUUUUGAAAGUUUCCGAAAUGGGCCUCCAAGGGCUUUUGGUUAUGGCCAUAAGCAUCGUCGGGGCGAUGGCAUUUAUCCCCCAUGGUUCUAUUGGGGAAAAGGAGCAUAUUUUAACGGAAGCGCUUCUUCGUGAGGUCGUCGAGCGUAUGGGGAAAGACUUCAACGAUGCAGCGUCAACUUACCUCGAGUAUCCAUCGAACGAGAGGCACCUCGCGUUGAUGGCCCGAGCCAACAAAGAACUGGAGCACGAGCAGCUCGACUACGACUCGCUGAUCGAUGGCAACCCCAGCCCCAGCCUCCGCGACCAAGAAUACCUGCAGCACAGUUCUUUGUGGGGCCAUCAAUACGUGACCGGCGGAGCGGGUGAAGGGGAACAGCGUCUGCAGCCCUCCGGAAUGGUGCCCAACCAUCAGAUGGUCAAAACCGACGCGGUCCUCCCAGCUUACUGCAACCCCCCCAACCCGUGUCCAGUCGGCUAUACCGAAGAUCAAGGUUGCAUCAGUGAUUUUGAAAACACGGCUGCCUUCAGUCGCGAGUACCAGCUGUCACAGAGUUGCAUGUGCGAUGGAGAGCACAUGUUUAGCUGCCCUCCAGAACAACCCUCUGAGCUCGACAUCCGCUUCCCCGACCACCACAAGAAUCUCGUCGCCAAGAAGUAUAUGAUGGACGUUGAAAACCCAUUCCUGUUGGGUGAACGCCUACCUAUAGCCGCAAAAAAGGGAGUGGAAAUUAACGAUUAUUCAAUCUUACCCAUGUAAUCAUACAGCAUACUAUAAGUUUCUAGAUUUUAUCAAACUAUCUUACAAAUGAUAGGAAUAUAUUUGUGUAAACUUUUUCUAAUCUAUUGCAACCUCAUAGUAUAAACUUUCAUAUUGAAUAAAGGUGUAGAUGUGUAUUAAGAUCAUGAAAAUGAAUCACUUGACGUGAAUAUUUUUAUAUAACUUCGACGAUAACGAUUUAAUUCAUAUUUU